CUUCACUUUUGUUGACGUUUCAUUUUAGGUUUUUCAGAUUGCAUCUGAGCAGAGUCUAAUAUCUGUAUCUCUACUUUCUCACCGAAUCAUAACAAUAUGGGUAGUGGUGACUGGGAUGAGAUAAAGCGCUUGGCCGCCGACUUUCAAAAGGCGCAGCUCACGUCCACGCUGCAGAAGCUCUCGGAGCGAAACUGCGUGGAGAUUGUCACGCUGCUGCUAGAGAAGCAGAUGCUGGAAGUAGUGUUCACCAACGAUGGCAAGGAGUACAUUACGCCGGAUCACCUGGAGCGCGAGAUCCAGGACGAGUUGUACGUGAACGGAGGUCGUGCCAACUUGGUGGAGGUCAGCAAAACCCUAAAUGUGGAUUUGUCACGAAUCGAGGUCCUAGCUGAGCGAAUAGCUGCGGAGAAUCCAAGCGUACACCUGGUACUGGGACAGCUUAUCGACGAGGAUUACAUCAGUCAUAUUGCCCAGGAGAUCAACGAGAAACUGGUUCUGCGAGGAGAGAUUUCGAUUUCGGAGUUGGCUUCCCAGUUUGAUUUGCCAUCAGACUUCUUGCAACACGACGUGGUCGAAAAGCAUCUCGGUAAGAUCAUUAAGGGUCGCCAGGAUGCCUCAAACCCGCGGGUGUUCUUUACCCAGGCCUACAUCCAACGUUGCAAAGCGAAGAUUCGGGGAGCCCUGGCAGCCAUUACCAGGCCCAUAAAUGUGGCUGUGAUUCUGCAGCAAAUCGGGGUACAAGAGAAGAUCUUCCAUUCGCUGCUGGACGAAAUUGCGCCAGCUGGUCAGGUGACGUCCAAGCUGGCCAACUCCCAAUACGUGCCGCUCAUCUAUGCCAAGACGCAGGCCGACUGGGUGAACUCGUUUUACAAGCAGAACAGCUUCCUUGAGUACGACGCCAUCCAAAAGCUGGGAAUUUCGGAUGCCAAGUCCUACAUUCGCAAGCAGUUCCCUAACGAAGAGUUUCUCUUUCUCAAGCGUGUGGCCCUUGGCGCUCGACUUGUAGAGCUCACGGUGGUCACGGCGCUUAAUGAGUGCAGUGCCACCAAGCAGUAUCUGGAUCUGACCACCAUACUUCCAUCCAAUCUGUCCGAGGAGGAUAUCGAGGAGGUAUUCAGCACCAUUAUGGGACAAAAGCAUAGUAAUCCUAACAACUUCGUGUAUCUUGACAGCAUCGUAUUCUCGCAACCAUACCUCGCACAAUUGGUUCAGCCCUGUCAAGCGUUGGCAGAGUCUCAGGCAAAGGCGGCCGUCGACGGCGGUGUAUACCAGCAGUACAUUGUGGAGAAGACUCUAGCGCAGAAGGGAAGCGUGUCGACUCAAGAGCUAGAGGACGAUGGCAAGGUGGAUAAGCGCGACGAGCGGAGAAAAAAGGCGUCCUCUGGCAAAGCAGGAGGAGGAGCUCAAGGGCGUGAAACUAAGACCAAGUCCACAAAGAAGCAUCAACGCGGAAAGGCGGCGGCUCAUAACGACAGUGAUGAUGAGGACGAUGUACAGCAAAGCUCUCGAGGCGGUGGUGCGGGAAACAAAAAGGCAGUGAAGCCAUUGGAGCUGGUCAAGACAGCAGACAUUGUUAAACUGAUUACUGCGAGCCUAGAAGAGGAGGGACUGGAGCAUUUGGCGAAACCCAUUUCUGCGCUUUAUACAAACCAAUUUAAUCAGACGGCCCUGGCACGUGCUCAGGAAUUGUUCGAGGCUACACCGCAGACAAAUCGCCGCCAGACCCAUGCUGCUAUCCAGGAUCGCAUCAAUACGUUUUUGAUAGACAUAAGGCUCUAUGAAAAGGGCCUGAAACUUUUUCCGCAGGACACGCAAACUCAGUUGGUUAAAUACUUGCUGAAGUCAUUGGGGAAUGACAUUUGCAACGAACUUUCCCUUUACGUGGCAGGCGAAUGCAAUCUGACUGUAAAAAAUACCAACCUGAAUGUGGACCAGCGUAUUAAGUUGGCUCAAGAAUGCGAGGUUCAAUACCGUGCCUCGUUGCUUGAGCAAAACAAAGCCCUGAAUAAGAGCAUUGACGAAUUUGAACUGGCUACGGAAACGGUUCUAAAGGCCUGCAGCAUGAUCAUUAAAAAGGUGGACAAGAAAAAAGACCGCCUAUUAAUCGCAGACCACAAAAAGAAGCUGCAGAACCAGCUACUAGAGUGCCAAGAGCCGGCACUGCUGCUGCACCUGGCUGCACUGAUCUUGUUCACCACGAUCACUGGAAGCAUUUUGCACGCGUCUGGAAAAUUCGUUUCUGCCAUUCUGCAGCACAUUCGCGGCUCACUAAACGAUGAGCAGAACGCUUUGCUGCUCCGGUAUCACGAUUUGGUCCUGCAAGUUCUGCAGGCAACUCCUGAUAGCAGUGAAUCGAAAGUGGCCAACGAACAUCUGCAGGCAAUGCAGGUACAAGUUGUGGAGCUAGCCCAAAACUUUUCACGCGCAUCGGUUUCUAAGGCUGAUUGUUAAUCCUCCUAUUCC